CGCAACCUCACAUAUCAAAAUUUUCGAUUCAAAAUCAUCAUGGCUCCCAUUGCGUACGACCCGGAGAAUAUCUUCGCCAAGAUCAUCAAGGGCGACAUUCCGUGCUACAAGUUGUUCGAGACGGAGCACGUGUUGGCCAUUCUUGAUGCCUUCCCGACAGCCCCAGGCCAUGCUCUAUUGCUCCCCAAGGCGCCAGGCUUCGCCACGGUCAUGGACAUGACCCCCGAGGUGGCGGCCAAUGUGUUCAAGGAGCUGCCGCGUCUGGCCAAUGCCGUGCUGGAGGCCACGGGCGCUGACGGUGUUAAUAUCAUCCAGAACAACGGCGCGGCGUCCGGUCAAGCCGUUUUCCACGCGCACAUCCACGUGAUCCCACGUUUUGAUGGUGACGGCCUCAUUAAGCUGCCGGACGGCCCGAGCAUGAUCAGCAAGGAGGACGGCGAGGCCAUGCAGGCCAAGAUCCAGACCAAGCUCUAGACUACUGGUAAUGGUUGUAUCAUCAGUUUAAAAGCACCUUUCAAUGUCAUGGGCUCUUCCGUUAGCAGGCAGCAAUGUUCACCUUUGCACGUUAUUUAGGCACAAGUUGCAACAACCCGGUCGUUAUUUCUUGUGUGUAUUUCGAGAAUGGUAUGGUUUCUCGUGACCGGUCCAUUCUCCAAGAGCCCAACCGCCCACCAA